AUGGAAACAUAUUUCCAGUACAAAAGAGUUCGGCAAACGGUGCAACGACACUUGUCAGAACUGAAAAAUGACUGUAGCUGCCCGGAUUACACUAUCGGGUCUCCUCAUACUACAAAAUUGAGCGUCAACCACGGCACUCUGGAGAAACCAGCUCCCACGAGCUGGACAGUUUCAGAUGACCUAAUUCUUGUGGGAUGGGAUGGACCAGAUGAUCCCUUGAAUCCUGCAAACCAGAGCACCCCGCGAAAGCUCUUCAUGACUGUCUUGGUCUCUUUGAUCGCACUUGCUGUUACUGCCGCAUCGGCGAUUGAUGCUUGUGGUGUCAGGGAGUAUAGCGAGUACUUCCGGGUAUCCGAUGUUAUUGGGUCUCUUGCAACAGGUCUUUUUCUGAUUGGGUUCGGGUUCGGCUCUCUGCUAUCAGGCCCUUUCUCGGAAACAUUUGGCCGCAACGCAAUAUACUUCAUCACUAUGCUCCUGUAUUUGAUUUUUAUCAUGGCAUCAGGGCUCGCCCCAAAUCUUCAAAGCCAUCUUAUUUUUCGAUUUAUUGCUGGCUUUUUUGCUUCUACGCCUUUAAGCUGCGCCGGCGGCACGAUUGCAGAUUUAUGGAAUCCGCUGGAGAAGACCUACGCUUUUCCUAUCUACACCAUACCGGCAUUCACAGGGCCAAUGAUCGGUCAAAUAAUGGGAAGCUAUAUUCCAGUCACACUAGGCUGGCGUUGGUUGGAGUGGAUAAUGCUCAUCAUGGGGGGCGCAGUUCUGGUUGUGGUCCUCUUAUUUCAACCUGAGACUUACGGCAAUCUUAUUCUUUUUUGGAAGGCCUCAAUCCUUCGAACGGAAACUGGGGAUGAGAGAUACAGGGCUCCAAUGGAGAUGAAACGGGAGAGCCUAGGCCAGCGUCUGAAGCUCUCCGUCUAUCGGCCUUUUGCAAUGUUUUACUCUGAACUGAUUAUCAUUCUCAUCUCCCUCUAUUUGACCAUCAUCUAUAUUGUCAUCUUCACCUUUCUAGAGGGCUAUACCUAUGUCUUCGGCGAGAUAUAUGGUAUCUCUGAGGGUCUGACUAGCAUUUGCUGGGCUGGUAUGCUAGUUGGGAUCAUGCUGGUUAGCUGUGUGGUGCCAGUGGUUUACAGCUUGACAGCAAAGGCCGCUGCUCGAGAGAAGUCCUCUACCGUUGCCCCCGAGAUGAGACUCUGGUAUACAAUGCUCGGCGGUGCACCGGCAGUACCAAUCAGUUUGUUCUGGAUGGGCUGGACCAGCAACCCAUCAAUUUCGAUCUGGUCUCCUCUCGUCGCAUCGGCUUUUUUCGGCUUCGGCAUCACGACUAUUUUCAUCGUUUCGUACAUGUACCUUAUCGAUGCCUACGAUACAUACUCGGCCUCUGCUCUAGGAUUCCUCGUGUUCACUCGAUACGUGGUUGCAGGAGGUGUGACUGUUGCUGGUGGCCCUAUUUAUCGGGCUCUCGGUGUGCAGUAUACACUCACGAUUCUCGGGUCGGUCAGUGCUGUCAUGACUCUUGUGCCCUACCUGCUGUAUAUCUAUGGACCGAGAAUCCGGAAGAACAGCAAAUACACGGUGCACAUCGACACGCAGUGA